GACAAAACUUAAAGGUAUGCUUUUAUUGUGGAAAGAAGGGACAUUUCAAGAGGGAAUGUCGUGUCCGAAUCCGGGAUGAAAAAGAAUUUAAGGAAGAUUAGAGGGGUCAGGGGCUCUACCUCUUGGGGACCCGGAAACAUCAAAAGGAGCCCUUGAUAAAACUGAAAGUGGGUCCUUAUAGCCAGGAAAUCACUUUUCUGGUUGACACCGGAGCAGAGAGAUCAACGCUCCAAAUUUUACCUAAAGGAUGUGUCCUGUCCAAGGACACCGCAACAGUAGUUGGAGCAAAAGGGGAACCAUUUGAAGUAAAGAUAAUAAAAGAAGUAAUAAUAGAAUCAAAAUCUAAAAUAGGAAUAGGAGACUUCUUGUUAGUCUCGGAGUCAGAGUAUAAUUUACUAGGCAGAGAUAUGAUUGUUGAGCUAGGUAUUCAGAUAGAGGUGGUAGAGAAAGAAAUGAAGAUUCGGCUUUGCCCUCUUAGAGAGGAGGACGAGAAGGCAAUAAACCCUGAAGUAUGGUAUAACCCCGGAAGUGUGGGACAGCUAAGUAUCACCCCCUUUAAAGUCAAAAUAAAAAACCCCGAAAUUCCUGUAAGGAUAAAACAGUAUCCUAUGUCUCUGGAGGGCAGGAGAGGGCUAAAACCCGAAAUAGAUCGACUUUUAAGUCGAGGACUACUGGAACCCUGCAUGUCGCCAUUCAAUACGCCGAUACUCCCAAUAAAAAAGGCUGAUGGGUCAUAUCGCCUAGUACAUGACCUGCGAGAAAUAAACAAGAGGACUAUAGCUAGAUUCCCAGUAGUAGCAAACCCAUAUACACUAUUGAGCAAACUAAGCCCAAGUGAUCUGUGGUACAGUGUAAUAGACUUAAAAGAUGCCUUCUGGGCUUGCCCUCUUGAUGAAUCCAGUAGAGAUUAUUUUGCCUUUGAGUGGGAAGACCCGGACACAGGGAGAAAACAACAGCUUAGAUGGACAGUAUUGCCCCAAGGGUUUACGGAAUCCCCAAAUCUGUUUGGACAGGCACUAGAGCAAAUUUUAGCAGACUAUCAGACAAAUCCCGAAGUAACUCUAGUACAAUAUGUUGAUGACUUGUUGCUAGCAGGAAAAGCAGAAGAAAAAGUGCGAAGAGAAAGCAUAAAGCUCCUAAAUUUCUUGGGACUCAAGGGUCUGAAAGUCUCAAGAGCUAAGCUACAAUUUGUAGAGGAAGAAGUAAAAUAUUUAGGACAUUAUCUAAAGAGAGGUGAAAAGAAAAUAGACCCAGAGAGGAUUCAGGCUAUAUUAUCACUGCCUAUACCUAAAAACAAAAGGCAGAUUCGACAAAUUUUAGGUCUUACUGGGUAUUGUAGACAAUGGAUCGAAAAUUAUAGUAAUAAAGCUAGAUUUCUAUAUCAAAAACUAACCCAAGAGGGGUUGAUGAAGUGGACUCAAGAAGACACUGAUAAGUUCAAAGAAUUAAAAGAGAGUUUAGUACAUGCUCCAGUCUUAAGUCUUCCAGACUUAAAAAGACCAUUCUUUUUGUUUGUGAAUAUAGAAGAAGGAGUUGCGUUUGGAGUACUUGCCCAGGACUGGGCAGGAAAGAAGAAACCUGUAGCUUAUCUAUCAAAAAUUUUAGACCCUGUAAGUAGAGGCUGGCCCACAUGCUUACAGAUAUUAGCCGGAUGUGCCUUAUUGGUAGAAGAAGCUAGAAAAAUCACUUUUAAUAGCAAUCUAAAGGUAUUAUCUCCUCACAAUAUUCGAAGCGUAAUGCAACAAAAAGCAGAUAAAUGGAUAUCGGAUACUAGGCUCCUAAAGUAUGAAGGAAUCUUAUUAGAAGCACCAAGUUUUACCCUGGAGACCACCACUUUACAAAACCCAGCUGCCUUCCUGUAUGGGGAAGUAGAACAGGGACCCCUGAUUCAUGACUGCUUAGCCACCAUAGAGGAACAAACAAAAAUUAGGCCCGAUUUAGAGGAAGAAGAAUUAGACACAGGAGAAAAAUUGUUCGUAGAUGGAUCCUCCCGGGUGGUGAGAGGAGAAAGAAAAUCUGGAUACGCUAUUAUAGGGGGAACAGAUCUACGAGUAAUAGAAUCAGGAGCCUUAGACAAGUCAUGGUCAGCCCAAGCGUGUGAAUUAUACGCUAUACUCCGAGCCUUGACUCUCUUAAAGGGAAAAGAAGGAACCAUAUAUACAGACUCCAAAUAUGGGUUCGGAGUAAUACAUACCUUUGGGAAAUUAUGGGAAGAAAGGGGACUAAUAAAUUCACAGGGAAAAGGCCUAGUUCACCAAAAACUUAUAACAGAAGUGUUGCAGGCCUUAAGGGGACCAAAAAGAAUAGCAGUGGUACACCUAAAAGGACACCAAGCAGGAAUAGACUUUAAAAGCAGGGGAAACAAUGCUGCUGACCAAGAAGCAAAACGGGCCGCAGUGAGAGAGAUGGUUUUACAAGAGAAACCACAAUCUAGGGGGGCACCGGAAGAAGAUAUAGAACUGAUAUUUACUAGUGAAGAAAAAGAAAGGUUAAGGAAAAUGGGGAUAAAAGAAAAUAACGGAAAGUGGGUAACUGAAGAUGGACGAGAAGUAUUGCCCAAAGCAGUAGCCCAGAGAGUGCUUUAUAAAUUACACCAGAGCACACAUUGGGGGGCUCAGGGGCUAGCUGAUCAUUUUGCCACAAAAUAUAUAAGUAUUGGACUACACGAUAUGGCCAAAUACAUUACUAAAAACUGCCCCACCUGCUUACGAGUCAAUCGUAGUAAUUUAAGAAAAUUACCUCAAGGAGGGCGACCAUUGGCUAAAAGACCAUUCGCAAAUUUGCAAAUAGACUUUACAGAACUCCCCAAAGUGGGGCGAACUAGGUAUCUUUUGGUGAUAGUAGAUCACCUUACCCACUACGUGGAGGCAUUCCCAACUAGCAGGGAAACAGCCCGGACAGUAGUGAAAAUCCUGCUCGAGGAAAUAGUGCCCAGGUACGGAGUACCUGAAACUAUUGACUCAGAUAAAGGUCCGCACUUUACAUCAAAAAUAACACAAGAACUAGCGGAAGCACUUGGAAUAAAAUGGGAGAAGCAUACUCCUUACCACCCACAAAGCUCAGGAAGGGUAGAAAGGAUGAAUGGAGAAAUAAAAAAACAAUUGACCAAAUUGGUAUUAGAAACCAAAUUAUCAUGGGUAAAGUGCGUUCCACUAGCCUUGCUCAAUAUUCGGACCCAGCCAAGGGCAGAUGUGGGAAUAUCCCCGUUUGAAAUGCUAUACGGAAUGCCAUACAACCUAGAAAAAGUACAAACCAACCCCAAUAUUAGUGAUUUACAUCUUAAUAAAUACCUGGCCGUAUUAAUGAAGUUCAAAAAGCAAUUAUGGGAAAAGGGAAUGUGGGCUCAGAGACCACCUUUAGAUCUUGUAUUACAUCAGGUACAACCCGGAGAUUGGGUUCUAAUCCGAAGCUGGAAAGAAAACCCGCUGACUCCAAAGUGGGAAGGACCGUAUCUCGUACUGCUUACUACGGAUACUGCCGUACGAACAACAGAAAAAGGAUGGACCCACGCCAGUCGAAUAAAAGGACCAGUAGAUCCCUCUAAAUUCUCUGAAGAACAUAACACUCACUGGAAAGCAGAACCGACUAGUGAUUUAAAGCUUGUCUUAAAAAGAAGUACAACUUGAUAAAUGGACACAAGAGACAUUUAGGUGGGGAAUAACUGAACAUUGCAAAAAGAGUUAAUUGAAACCUCAAAACUUGCUCAGCAGCCAUAUUAUAAACCUAUUAGAUUAGAAUGUAAUAGACAAUUGUAUAAUGGAAAUAGUUAUGCAAAGCAUAAUACCAUUAGAGUAAGGGGUAGUCGGUUAGACUGCCAGUGUUAUCCAUUUGCAUGCUUUGUUGCAGGAUC